AUGACAAACGAAAGGGACAACCGAACCGUGUCCGGCUCCACUGUGCCGAAAGACGACCUAGAAAACGCAGAGCAUCCAUGGAGAAGCCGAGAUAAUGACGGUGGGAGAAGGAAAGACAGCGAGAGAGAGGGAGAGCCGAUAAAAGCAGUCAGAAUCAGUCUGGGAGAGGAAAAUGAAGCUGUGAAAGGAUGGAUAUCUGCCUUUUCGUCCAUCCCGAUUUUCAUUUCUACGUUUUUUUCUGAUUCAAACAGGGAUUUGUUUCCCUCAUUUUUAGCCUUUCUCUGUAACUAA